AUGGCCGCGCCCGCCGUCUCAACCGCCAGCCAAACACCGGCCGAGGAGCCCAUCUCCAUCCCCUCGCACCUGGACGGAGUGGCCUAUCUCUACGGCCAUCCGCUACUCAACUCGCUCUCGCCACCACUGCAUCAGACCGUCUACAAUGUGCUGGGCCUCAACUGGACGCAGAUCCCGCUGUCCAGCGUCACCGGCACCUCGGCCACCUACCCGCCUCCGUACACACGGUCGCCCCCAAUCGAGAAGUUCCUGGCCUCGAUUCGCUCCAACUCAACCGGUGCCUGCAACACCAUCUUCCCGCGCACCAACCCCGAGACCGGCGCGCGCGAGUACGUCGGUACCAACACCGACUGCGACGGUAUCCGUGAGGCGCUCGUCAAGAACGCCCCCGAUGCCUCGCGUUUCCGCGGCCGGCCCGCGCUCAUCAUCGGUGGUGGUGGCACUGCCCGGACUGCUGUCUAUGUUAUGCGCCGCUGGCUCGGCUCUAGCAAGAUCUACAUCGUCAACCGGGAUGCCGCCGAGGUCGAGGCAAUCAUGAACGAAGACCGCCAACGUAACCCGGACCCCAACGCCCAGGCCCCUCUCAUUCCUGUCAGCGACCCCGAGGAGGCGGCUCGUCUCGAGUCCCCCGCCGCCAUCGUCUCCGGUAUCCCCAACUACCCGCCCAAGACGCCCGAGGAGCUGCGCUCCCGCGCCGUCAUCCAGGCUUUCCUGGGUACCGCGGCCGAUGCGCCCAAGCAGCAGGGUGUCAUCCUGGAAAUGUGCUACCACCCUGUCCCCUGGACCGAGAUCGCCCAGCUGGCCUCCACUGGUGGCUGGAAGGUCAUUCUCGGCUCGGAGGCUCUGAUCUGGCAGGGUCUGGAGCAGGCUCGUCUCUGGACUGGUCAGGACGUUGUUGGCACCCCCGGCCUGGUGCAGCAGGUGAAGGAUCUGGUCGAUAAGACGGUUGCCGAGCGUGCGGCGAACAAGUCUAGCCUGUAA